UUUAGGGUUUAGGGUUUAGAGUUUAGGGUUUAGGGUUUAGAAUUGAGAAAUGAGGUUUUGGGGAUAAGAUAUAAACUUAGAAAAGUGCUAUUUUGGUCAUUUUAGUUUUUGAAUGCUAUUUUUGUGAUAUAAACUUAGAAAUGUGCUAUUUUGGACAUUUGCCCUUAAGUAAUUCUAUAACUUUUAUUUGAAAAAAGAAAGAAGAAUUUUUUUGGUAUAUUACUAAUUAAUUUUAUUGUUAAUCUAAUGAAAAAUAUAGUUUUUGUUUAGAUUUUAGAUCAAAUAACGAAUGAGAUGUAUUGUAAUUAUUUUAUUAAUUAAAACAUAUUUCUAUAGUAACUCUAAAAAUUGUUCUAAUGUUGACACAUUACCAUAGCAUAUAUGUUAUGCUUUUUAAAUAAUAUAUAAAGGAUGUCGCUCUUCUCCUCCCCAUUUACACCAGACAACACUGAGAAAAGCUUAAAUCAAACGUCAUUUUCUCCUUUAAAAGCCUUCUAAGUUCUUGUUUCUUUCAAAUAAUAAACAUCUUUUCUUAUCAUUUCAUUUUCACAAUUGAAAUGGAAUCCAUCACAAUGAUCCCUGAAACAUUCAAUGAAAAUGCAACCAAAAACAACCCUUUGAAAACGUUAUUUUCUCUUUUAAAAAGCCUUUUAAGUUCUUGUUUCUUUCUGAUAUCAAACAUCUUUUCUUAUCAUUUCAUUUUCACACAUGAAAUGGAAUCCAUCAAAACGCUCCCUCAAACAUUCGAUGAAGAUGCAAACAAAAACAACCCAUUGAUGAUCUUUGAUUCAGCUGACUUAAAUAAUAAAUCAGACAAGAUACCUCAAGAGUUUGUAUGGCCCGACCAUGAUAAACCCUCUAAAAACGUCCCGAUCCUCCAAGUUCCUCUCAUCGACCUCGCUUGUUUUCUCUCUGGCAACCCUUUUUUGGUCUCGGAGGCUACAAGACUAGUGGCGGAAGCGGCAAAGCAACAUGGUUUCUUCCUAGUCAUCAACCAUGGAAUCGAUGAGAAGCUCUUGUCUGGUGCAUGUACACUAAUGGACAAAUUCUUCAAGUCACCGAGUUGUGAGAAACAGAAGGCUCAGAGAAAGUGGGGCGAAAGCUCGGGUUAUGCUAGUAGCUUUGUUGGAAGAUUCAGAAAAAAUCUCCCAUGGAAGGAAACGCUGUCGUUUGCAUUCUCCCCAGGGGAGAAGAGUGAGAACCACUCCCAAGAUGUUAAAGAGUUCAUCGUUAAGAAGAUGGGUGACGAAUACAAAGAUUUUGGGAUUGUUUAUCAAGAAUACGCGGAGGCCAUGAGCGAUCUUUCACUGAAGAUCAUGGAGUUUCUUGGAAUGAGUCUUGGCAUCAAUAGGAGCCAUUUCAAAGAGUUUUUCGAAGACAAUGAGUCGAUAUUUAGAUUGAAUUACUAUCCACAGUGCAAGCAACCUAAUGUUGUACUAGGGUCAGGACCGCACUGCGAUCCAACAUCUCUAACCAUACUUCAACAAGACCAAAUCAACGGUCUUCAAGCUUUCGUGGACAACCAAUGGCAAGCAAUACUUCCUAACCCUCAAGCACUGGUGGUAAACAUUGGCGACACUUUCAUGGCUCUAACCAACGGAAUAUACAGGAGUUGCUUGCAUCGAGCCUUAGUGAAUAGCAAAACCGAAAGAAAGACACUUGCAUUCUUCCUUUCUCCAAAAAUGGACAAAGUGGUGAGGCCACCAGCGGAAUUAGGAGGUGAAAGAGCAUAUCCAGAUUUUACAUGAGUCCUGUUCGUUUUAUCAACGCUGCCAAACGCCGCAGCGACUCAAAAUUCUCUCUAUGGUUACGGAAAACACAGCACCGUCAAGAUAAAACGGAUCUGAUUAUUAAGUGGCCGCGGCAAAUAAAAACCAGUAAACACGACGCUAAAAAUAUCAGCGACUGCGGCAACUCCAAUUUCCUUCCCUUUAUUAUCAGUUUGCGUCUGUUUUAGUUUCAGCAUCAAUGAAUUUACUUCCGUUACAGUGUAAUUAUUGGCCGCAGCCGCUGGUCCCGGCGUCUUUAAAACGGACAGGGCUAUGGUCUAUGCUUCAUGAGUUUGUAUUGAAACAUUAUAGAGCAGAUGAGAGCACGCUUGAUGAGUU